AGCCCACCAACAUUGCGUACCCAAAAUUCCAAUCGCCGUCUUCCGCCUCCUCUUUCACUCUCUCGCGGUUCUGCAACGAACCCCAUUCUUCUUCGCGCCUCCAUAACACUCAUGUGAUUGUCCGCCAAAGGCAAUCCCACAAAUUUAAUUCCCGCCAUGUUCCUCUCCUCCGCUCCUGCGCGGCUCACUCUCCUCGCCCUCCUCUCCGCCACCACUGUCUACUGUUUCUACAAAUCCCGCCGCCUCCGACGCCUCAAGCUCUCCCUAAACCCUAACCCUGGCUCUUCGCCUCGCAGAGGCAAGCUCUUCUUCGUCUCCCAAACCGGAACCUCCGAAGCCCUAGCUCGUCGCCUGCUCGAUUUUCUGAAAUUAAAAGGCGUCGCUUUCGACCUCGUCGACCCCAACAACUACGAGCCGGAAGACCUCCCGAAGGAAACCCUAGUUCUGAUCGUCGCUUCGACUUGGGAUGACGGGAAGCCGCCUCCGAACGCCAAGUUCUUCUCCAAUUGGCUCGCCGAGAGCGCGGAGGACUUCAGGGUGGGAUCGCUGCUGCUCUCCAAUUGCAAAUUCGCCGUCUUCGGCGUUGGGAGCCGAGCCUACGGCGCUACGUUCAAUGCGGUGGGGAAGGCCUUGGCGAGGAGGAUGAGGGCGUUGGGCGCUUCUGAGAUGUUUCCGAUUUGGGAAGGUGACGUGGACGGUGGUGAUUUAGACGAGGUGUUUGAUGCUUGGAGUGGGAAGGUGGUGAGGUUUCUGAAGGGUGGUGCGGCGGAAAAUGGCGGGGUUUUGGGUAAUGGGGUUAGUGAUGAAUGUGAAGCUGAGAGCUUUGAUGUUUCAGACGAGGAAGAUGAGGAGGAGGAGGACGGUGGGGAGUCAGGUGUUGUUGAUCUUGAGGAUAUUGCAGGUAAAGGGCCUUCAAGAAGGAACCCAGUGGCGGCGACGAAGACGAACGGGACAGUAAAUGGUAAAAAAGAGAUGGUCACUCCGGUGAUUCGAGCUAGCUUAACGAAGCAGGGCUAUAAAAUUAUUGGUUCUCAUAGCGGUGUCAAAAUUUGUAGAUGGACAAAGUCGCAGCUUCGAGGCCGUGGAGGUUGCUACAAACACUCGUUUUAUGGCAUAGAAAGUCACAGGUGCAUGGAGACAACCCCUAGUCUGGCAUGUGCCAACAAAUGUGUUUUUUGUUGGAGACAUCACACAAAUCCUGUCGGAAAGAGUUGGCAGUGGAAGAUGGAUGAUCCGUUAGAGAUUGUUAAUUCUGCCAUAGACCAGCACACGAAAAUGAUCAAGCAAAUGAAAGGAGUUCCUGGUGUUACAUUGGAGCGAUUAACAGAGGGUCUCUCUCCCAGGCAUUGUGCCUUAUCACUUGUUGGUGAACCCAUCAUGUAUCCUGAGAUUAAUGCACUCAUAGAUGAGCUGCAUCAAAGACGGAUUUCUACUUUUCUAGUAACAAAUGCUCAGUUUCCUGAAAAGAUCAGAAUGCUGAACCCUAUCACGCAGUUAUAUGUAAGUGUAGAUGCUGCAACUAAAGAGAGUUUGAAGGCGAUUGAUAGGCCACUUUUUGGGGAUUUUUGGGAGCGAUUCAUUGAUUCCUUGACUUCUCUCAAGGACAAACAGCAACGAACUGUUUAUCGCCUAACUCUGGUGAAGGGCUGGAAUACAGAAGAUAUCGAUGCUUAUUAUAACAUUUUCAGCCUUGGCAGUCCUGAUUUUGUUGAAAUCAAGGGAGUUACAUAUUGUGGAACGUCUGCUACAUCGAAGUUGACAAUGGAGAAUGUGCCCUGGCAUGCUGAUGUUAAAGCAUUUUCAGAGGCCUUAGCUUUGAAAAGUAACGGGGAGUAUGAAGUCGCAUGUGAGCAUGUCCACUCGUGCUGUGUCCUCCUGGCAAAAACUAGCAAGUUCAAGAUUGAUGGCCAGUGGUUCACGUGGAUUGACUAUGAAAAGUUUCACGAUCUGGUGGCUUCUGGAAAACAUUUUGACAGUAAGGAUUACAUGGCUCCAACACCUUCAUGGGCCGUUUAUGGGGCAGAGGAAGGCGGUUUUGAUCCGUAUCAGUCUCGAUACAAGAAGGAGCGCCAUCACAGAACAAACCAGUGACAACCAGGUUAGGGGUUUGAUUAGUAUGGAGUUCUAGGAACAGUUUUGAUUGUAUUGUAUUGUAGUUUUACCUAUGUGAGCAAGUUUUUGCACGACAUAACAACAGUCUAUAGAUUAAGAGAGUUUCUGGGUAAGUUUUACUCUGCAAUGUUUAUGUUCGGACAAUGUCAUAAAGAUGAAACUACUGUUUAAUCAGGGAGGUAAUUACUGUUUAUGUUCCAAUUCAUUCAAAUAGAUUCUAAAGGUUGUGGCUA